CCAAUGAAAUGAAAUUCACCAAAACCAUAUGUGUGGAUAUAUAAAGGCAACCCCGUUCCAUAUAUUAUGUAAGCCUUUGCUUAGCUCUCUUUACUUCCUUCUUUGUAAUAAGAACAUACAGCAACCUAAGCAAACAGUGACUCAAAAACAAAUAUGCAGGAACAAGUAGCAAUAAUAGUUGGAUCAGGCCCCUCUGGGCUUGCCACAGCUGCUUGCCUAAGCCAGCAAUCAAUCCCAUACAUAAUUCUUGAGAGAGAAGACUGUAUUGCUUCUAUAUGGAAGAAAUAUUCCUAUGAUCGUCUUCACCUCCACCUUGCAAAGCAAUUUUGUGAACUCCCUCACAUGUCAUUCCCUGCCUCUUAUCCCACCUUUUUGCCCAGAAAGAUGUUUAUACAGUACUUAGAUGACUAUGUCUCCCAUUUCAACAUUAGUCCUAUGUUCCAAAGAACCGUGGAGUCUGCUGAGUACAAUGAAGUUUCCAAGAGAUGGAUUGUUAAGGCUAGGAAUGCAAGUUCAGGUGAGGUUGAGAAAUAUAGUGCAAAGUUUUUAGUGGUGGCCACUGGGGAAACAACCAACCCUUAUACCCCAGAGGUUGAAGGGUUAAACACUUUCCCUGGUGAGGUUCUUCAUUCUACUCAGUAUAAGUCAGGGAAGGAGUUCAAAAACAAGAACGUUUUGGUUGUUGGGUCUGGGAAUUCUGGAGUGGAAAUUGCUCUAGACCUUGCAAAUCAUGGUGCCAAAACUUCCAUUAUUUUUCGAAGCCCGGCUCAUUUUCUCACAAGGGAGAUGGUGUACUUGGGCUUGACCAUGUUGAAGUAUUUUCCCGUUAGUUUGGUGGAUUUCUUGAUGGUCAUGCUUAGCAAACUGGUUUAUGGGGACCUGACCAAGUAUGGGAUUGGAAGGCCUACAGAGGGUCCAAUUUCUAUGAAGCUUAAGUACGGCAAGUAUCCACUUUUUGAUGUUGGUACAUAUAAAAAGAUCAAGUCAGGAGAAAUUCAGGUUUUGCCAGCAGAAAUAAUUAAAGUUCAAGGCAACGACAUACUAUUCAAGAAUGAUAAGUUACAUCCUUUUGACACCAAUAUUUUUUGUACUGGAUUUAAGAGGUCGACAAACUUGUGGCUUAAGGCUUCAUUGGCAUAGACUGAUACCAGAUGGCUCAAGCUAUAAAGAUGGAAUAACAGGUAUCAAUUACACUUCAGACUCAACCUUCACGGAUACUGGUGUAAAUGGGAAUAUUUCAACCGAAUACAGGACCAAUUCUCUUGAACAACAGUUUUGGACUAUCCGCAGCUUUCCUGAAGCAACCAAAAACUGUUACACUUUAAGACCUUCACCAGGCAUAUAUAGACAAUAACUAUUUGAUCUGAGUGAGUUUCGUGUAUGGGAACUAUGAUG